AGCGCGGCGGGCGGAGGGACCCAGGAGCGGUGGAAGGACCCGGAGCAGCCGGUCAGGGAGUGCCCAAGGCGGCGGGGAGGAGACGUUGAGAAGGAGAGAGGAGGAGGGGGAGGCUUAAAAACAGGCGCUGACGGAGAGAAUCGGGAUUUUAACGGGCGGCGCCCAGACCGAGAUGCUGAGCUGAGCUGCCGCCCUGCUCUCCGUAGCUGCGGAGUGAGAGAUGCCGAGAGGCCGGCCAGGGGCGCAGCCUUUUCUUGUCUUUCUGCCCGGGUGUUGAGAGCGAGCGAGGGCCGCUCUGCCUCCUCCAAUCUUCCCGGCCCAGCAUUCCCUUCUCUUUCCCGCUGAGUCUGUGUCCUCGGAGGAGGGGGCAGGUGGUGAGGCCGCCGCCUCGGUCCCACCAUGGUUUACUUGACAGGAACCAUGCUUAACAUCCAUCCACUUGAGAACUUGAAGGUAUACAUCAGCAACCGUCCUCCCCUUGUGGUGUUCAUGAUUAGUGUCAGCGCAAUGGCCAUAGCUUUCCUGACAUUGGGUUACUUCUUUAAAAUAAAGGAAAUCAAGUCUCCAGAAAUGACUGAGGACUGGAACACUUUCCUGCUGAGGUUUAAUGAUCUGGACUUGUGCAUAUCUGAGAAUGAAACUUUAAAGCACCUCAUAAAUGAAACCACCACCCCAGAGAGCACAGUAACAAGUGGACAAAUGCGGUCUUCCACGCAAUCCCCUUCAGUUCUGGAAGAUCCUGGACCAAUAAAUAUUUCUGUUUCUAUAACACUCACACUGGAUCCUCUAAAACCUUUUGGUGGAUACUCGCGCAAUAUUACCCACCUUAGUGCAACUAUCUUUGGACAUCAGAUCGGACUGACAGGACAUGAAGCACAUGAAGAAAUGAAUAUUACAUUUACUCUACCAACUUCCUGGAAUUCUGAUGAGUGUGUACUCCAUGGCCGUUGUGAGCAGAUGGUUUACUCAACGUGCAUGACCGUCACAGCCACAACUAAUGUUUUUCCUGUCACAGUCCAGCCACCACAUUGCAUCCCUGAAACGUACAGUAAUGCUACCAUCUGGUAUAAAAUUUUUACUACAGCUAGAGAUGCAAAUACAAAAUAUUUGCAGGACUACAACCCAUUUUGGUGUUAUAAAGGAGCAAUUGGGAAAGUCUAUCAUGCACUCAAUCCUAAACUAACUGUCAUUGUGCCAGAUGAUGAUCGUUCACUCAUUAAUUUACAUUUGAUGCAUACCAGUUAUUUCUUGUUCGUCAUGGUGAUUACAAUAUUCUGCUAUGCGGUUAUCAAAGGACGACCAGGGAAAGUACGACAAAACAAUAGUGAAUUCUGUCCAGAAAAGGUAACUCCUUCUUUUUCUGUGACUCAGCCCGAUUUAAAGAAAAAUUAUACUCUGAUCGUGAUGCCUGUUAAAUACAGACACUAACACAGUACAUAAUUGUUGCACUAUCAGAGGCAUAAAUCAGCUUCAUUACUGGAAGUGGACAGGUUUUAGCAUUUGCACGUUGAGCCCAAAAUAAUGGGCAUUGACGCUUUGAAUGCAGUGUCCUGCAAAGUUGGUUUAUUCCAACCAAAGACAUUUCAAGUGCCUGUAUUUACUUUGUACAUAUUUGUAAGGAUAUAUCCAAAACAAGUCCAUCAAUGCACUUGUGCCACAUGCUAACAGCGUUUUUUUUUUAAAAAAAUGAAAGACAAAAAAGAUUGCACCAGCCUGGGUGUAUAGAAACGAGGUUCAUGAAGAUUAACCAUGCAUUCAGAGGCAUUUUUUUCUGUUGAAGCUUUUUGAAUUCUUUUGAAGCUUUAUUGAGUUGCAAGAAAACUUUAAAAACAGUAAUGUAUCAAAUAUGUAAAUAAUGUGUUGGAAAUAUGUGCUAUAGUGGUAUAUGCUGCAUUUCUGACACCAAUGGUCUGUUAAGUAUUUGGAGUUGAUGUGUAUAUGUAGUUCACAAUUAUCUCUUGUUAAUGCUUGACAGAAAAGGCAUUAAACCUUGUGGAACUUUGAAGAAGACAUGUAUAUUAUAGUGCAUUUCAAUACUGCUUAAGCUUGCAGGAUAUGGAUACGAAAUUCAUUGUGUAAAUUACACUACUGUUGUCCCACAUAAUUGCUUGCUUAGAACUGCCAGUGUUGGCUGUAUUAUGUGUAUGGCUUGCUGGAAUACUGUGCACCAUUUCUUUUUGUCUUUUCUGUCCUCCACCCGCCUGCAACCACCCCCACCCCCACACUCCCUCAGUCAAGCUGUGUAUUUGCAUGUUUAGUGUUGUCUGCAAACUGAUCCACAAAAUUGCCUUAACUACCUUGAUCUUUCUAUUGGUUUUUUUGUCUUUUCCUAUUUGUAAACCUUUGCAAAAUUAUUGAAAUAAUUUCCCUCCAUACAGCUUAUUUUGUUGAAUUCACGUUGUUUAUAAUGUUGGUUGGGGUUCGGUUAGCUCAGUUGGCUGGACGGCUGGUUUGUGAUGCAGAGUGACGCCAACAAGGGGGGUUCAAUUCCUGUACUGGCUGAGGUAAUCUGAAGGCCCAACCUUCUCAACCUUGCCCGAGGUGUGGUGACCCUCAGGUUAAACUCGUCACCAGCUCUCUCUCUCUAAUGAGAAAGCAGCCUAUAGUCCUCUGGGACUACAGCAACUUUCACUAUAAUGUUGGUAGUGAUUAUAAACAGGAAGGAACUCCAAGUUGUCACAAAGAGCUUCAAAUGAUGAGUUUCAGCACUUUGCACCCCAAAGAGUAAAGUAGCCAAUUUGAUCUUAAUGACAGGGUGUUGCUUUGGUACACAGUAAAUAUUAAUUCAAAAGAAUUUGUGAAAUUGGUCUCUAAGAUCUCAAUUUUCAAAAAAAAUGUGUCACUUUUUUGGGUUUCUGUAGAAUAAUAGAUCUUUUACUCUGAAUACUUUGAUCCUUUCCCAGUUCAUUCGGUAACUUUUGAAAUGAGCCUUGGUUAUUUGCUGGACUGAACCAUAUCCACACGGAACUUUUGUCCAUAUGCUGGUAACUAUGGUUCCAGACAGUGGUGAAAAGCAGUGAAGAAUGUGAAAAAAGCUUAAGUUUUGUGUACUUUUGGAUAUAACUUUUUAUUUCCCCAAGAGCUUUCUUUUAAUAUCUGCUUGAUACAACUUACAAUUUCUGAGGUUGGCUCAGUUUGGAAAAUGCAAACAUUUGGUUUUUGGCACACAGACUUUCAUUUAAGCAUAUGAUUGGUUGUAUGGGUGCUCAAGUAUGCUGAGAUCAAAUGGUUUACAGCCUGAAGUUAACUGAUUUUUCAAAUUUUUUCCUUAUUCCAUUAAGAAGCCCUCUCAGCACUGCAUGUAAAAUAUGCAGGCGCAAAUUAGGCUGAAUUCAAAAUCAAGUACAUUUAAGCCUCCCAGCCCUGAUUAGAAUUGCAACUUGUUGCAGUUUCUGGUUGGUAUGUUAAAUAUUCCAUGGCGUACAUAUUUGCACAUCUGUGGAGGUUACUUAUUCUCCACUGUCUUCUGAUUUGAAUGUGGAGAUGUGUUGAUUCAAAGCUAUUGCAUAAACUAAGAUUGCCUAUGUAAAUGUGAUUUUUAACAGUAGUCAUGUUGCCUCAAAUCUCAGUUCAUUGGCAAAGUGCCUGAGCACUAGUUAGAAUGCCCCAUAGUUUGUUUAGGAAGGGAAAACUUUGUGACUUGUGUUGCUUGUCGUUGCAUGAUUGUAAUCAUAGCACAUUAUUUUAUGACAAUCUCUGAUUUCUGGAGUUUCUGUGCUUUUUGGUAAAAUUUGCAUAUGCUUUUGCUGAAUAAAAGGAUCCAAUAAUUAAAAGUGUUAUGUUUGCCCUAAUUGGAAUUAUAUUAUUGAACUGUGUUGAACAACCUCUGGAUCUGUCUGUAUUUCAUUGCUUUGGGAUAUAACAAUGUAAUAUAUUUGCACUUAUUAAUGACAAUUAAAGUGAGUACAUUUUG